AUGUUUUUUGAGGAAUUAUAAUCACCUUUAACCUUAUAAUCUACCUGUUAGGGAGAAGUGGCCAAGUACUGCAUCACAUUUCAUCUGCUUUUUAGGGCCUGGCUGUGUUAAGUAGAGGAGUGACUGAUACAGAGGUGGAAACACUGAGUUUAUGCAUGUGGAGAGUGGAGGAGGCAAAUCAGGUUGAGAAACUGACAGAAAAAUGGUAUACCUAGGAGCAGUAGAUUGAGUUCUUGAGGUGGUAAUGCCACUGGUGUUUUUCUAUACAUCACAGUGCAUGUAAAAAUGUGUGGAGGCACAUUUAAAAUGUUUAGGUUACACCAGCCCCCGGAUUAGAGCGUACUUUUUCUUCAGAGGGAGACAAGGCACAUUUCCUAAGCAAAUAAAAUGCAAAAGCACAUAGAAAAGCAAUGUUUCAUAUGAAUUACGCAGGAAAAUACCUUCUGCCAUGCCUUCAUUUUCCAUCUCUAAAAUACAGAUUUCUCUCUGAAGUAGUUCAAUAUUUAAUGUUCUCUUCCCUAGUGGAUUCUCAAUGUGCUUUCAUGUUUUUCUUAUUUGGUGAGUCAGAACCAUUUGUAUGACCACUUAUUAAAAGUCUUUUUUGAAAUGUCAUUUUCAAGCACUGAUAGAGCCCAAAAGUAGUGAUCAAAGACAUUUUAAUUAUUUGUGGCUAUCUAGAGAUAUUGAAGUACUUCUGUACUGUGAACUCUCAAGUUACUUAGUAUUUUUCUUGAAUUCCAAUCUUCUUUGCUAUUAUUAAAAUUUCUUCUAAUAUCUCUAAAAUAUACAUACGUGUAGUAGGCUGUAGUCUGUAUCUUGAUUGACAGAUGGGGUUGAACAUCUGAAUCCUAAAACAUCCAUCACAACUAAGCAUUAAAAGUAAUCCUACAUUUAUUAAUGUUGGACCUCAUGAUUUUCAGUUCAGAAUGACUUGUGAUUUCUAGUAAUUGAACUUUGUGAGUCUGGAUUUGUUUGCACGCAAGUGAUCGGUUUUGCAGCUUGACAUUUGGAUAUUGUGGCCAUGUUGAGAACAUUUUUAAAUUUAGUCAAAUACCUGCAAUUUUACAUGCAUUUUUUUGUAGUCGCAUGACUAGUUUUCUCCAAAAUGUACACAUUUUAUUAUGUAUACACAUAGUGUUCUCAGUGAAACAGUUGGACUUGAUAAUGUUCAUAGAUCCCUUCCAAACGAACAAAUCUAGUCUAACAAUACUGCUGGCUUGUCUCAUCUCUACAACAAAGAACAGAAUCAAAUUGCUGGUGAUAUUUUUCAUACUGUUGUUGAUUUUCCUCAGUAAAAAUAUCCACAAAUCUCUAGACUGUCACUGUAUUCUCAUUGCACUUGCAGGGCUUUCUUGCUGGCACUGAUGAAAAGAAAACUUUUUUGAUGUUAUUUUCCACUUCCAUUGUAAGGUAUCAUUUGCAUGUGAUGGGCCCAUCUACCCUUUCACUGUAUACAUGUUGACGUAAGCAAGUCAUUAAUCUAUUUAGAUAACUCUGCGGAUGAUGUCUCCGUGAGAGAAGAACUAGGCUCAUUGAUUCUAAAUGAAGCUUCCUCUUUGUUUUUCUGAAUGUGUUUGAAACCUACAGAAUUCUACUUUUUCUGCUCUGGCAAGUCAGAUUCUUGAUAAAGGCCUAAUCUGUCCUUUGCAUUAGUGAAACUGCUGCAACUGCAAGUUCACUACCUGUGUUAUAUCACUGUAUCCUCAUUCUAAUUUGUUCUUCUUCAUGCCUCAGAGGGCCAGGCUGUUCUUUCUGUGUUCAUACAUUGGACCAAAAAAAAAAAAAAAAUCUGCUGCUACUCUAGGCAUUUUGAUAGAUAUAUCUAACAGCAUUUUGAACUACAAUUUUCACUGCUAACAAGUUAGCAGAGACAGGUAAUUUACACAACAUCUGAACUGUGUGCAAGCACAAAUGAUUUCAUUUUGUUCUGUUAAAUUCCUUUUUCUGCAAAAAUAUUAUUCGUCUGUCCCUGUUCUCAAGAUGUCUCUGACAGCUGUCGCUGCUCAUUCCUACAGGACCUGACAGAUGUAGCUGAGCACAACCAUUCCUUUGAGCUCUCAGCCUUUGCUAACCAUGAGGCAGGAGAUUUGCCUGUGGCCAUACAUGCAUGGAAGAGCUGGGACUGGGCACAGAAAGGCUCACCUUGGUAGGAGUUAAAGAGCUGUCAGUCUGAAAGACUUCCAAGUAGCAGAAUGAAUGCCCUGCAAAACAGAAGCAAUCAGAAAAUCAGUCCCUGGGCUUCCAUGACAAGGAGGUCAGUGAUAUAUGGGUCUCCAGUGCUGAUGCCAAGUGUGAGCUGUGGUGAACUGAUGAAAAUAUCACUGUGAGUAUCAGUGGCACAGUCUGGGAAAAUGACACAGGAAAAUCCCAUCAGCCUCAGGUGUGAAAUAAGCAGCGGGAGGAGAGGAAUGAUGGUAGAGAGUUUGGCUUUGAGGCACAAUGGGGAAAAAGAUGCUGCAGCAGAUGGAACAUAGGAGGAAGUGUGGGUGGUGGAGGAAUGGCAAUCAAAUCAGCUCCAGAGGAGUCAGGAACUAAGCUGAUCCCAUUCUUCUGCAUUACUUUGCAGAACAGAAACUACUGUGAUGACACCAAGUGGUGGGGUGCAUACAAGACAUACAAGAGGGACAAGGAUGCCAUCCAGAGGGACCUAGACAGGCUAGAACAGUGGGCCCAGGUGAACCUCAUGAUGUUCAACAAGUCCAAAUGCAAGAUCUUGCACCAGGGUUGAGGCAAUCCUCAUAACCAGUACAAGGUGGGGAAUGAAAUAAUUGAGAGCAGCCCUGCCAAAAAAGACCGGAGAGUAAUAGUGGAUGAGAAGCUGGACACGAGCCAGCAAUGGGCCCUCACAGCUCAUCAUGGGCUGCAUCUGAAGAAGUGUGGCCAACAGACUGAGGGAGGUGAUCCUGUGCUGGUGAGGCCUCACCUGGAGUACUGCACCCAGAGGUGAAGUCCUCAGUACAGGAGAGACACAGACCAUCCUCUAGAGCACAUCCAGAGAAGAGCCAUGAAAAUGAUCCAAGGGUGGAACACCUGUAUUAUGAGGACAGGCUAAAGAAGCUGGAUCUGUUCAGCCUGAAGAAGAGGAGGCUGUGAGGUGACCCGAUAACAGCCUUUCUGUAUCUAAAGAAGAGCUACAGGAAAGAAGGGGACAGACUUUAGUAGGGUCUGUGGUGAUAGAACAAGGGGAAGUGGUUUCAAGCUUAAAGAAAGUAGAUUUAGGUUGGAUGUAAGGAAAAUGUCUUUUACAGUGAGGGUACUCAGGCACUGAAACAUGUUGCCUAGAGAUGUGGCUGAUGCCCUGUCCCUGGAGACUUUCAAUGCAAGGCUGAAUCAGGCCCCGAGCACCCUGAUCUAUUUGCGCAUGUCCCUAUUCAUCGUAGUGGAACUGGGCUACAUGACCUUUAAAUGUCCCUUCCAACCAUAAGAAUUCUAUGAUUCUAGUCUAGGACAGAAGGUCUUUCUGUUAUUUUUAACAUGAAGACUAUUUGCUGCUCUAGUAGGCGAGCCUGAUUACCUCAGUAAUCUAUUGGACAAAGAAGAAAAAGAGAGAAGAGAAUGGAUGCUCCUUUUCUUCAGAACUCUUUUUCAGACUGGAAACAGGGAGUCUGUAAAACUUCACAGAGGUACACUGUAUUACCAGUAAAAGGGAACUGAAUUUAUUGUUGUCUACAAAAGUGGAACAUACUUUUAUAUAAACAUGCUUUCCCACAGGAUGAAAUGAUUGGGAUACAUCACACGUAGUUUGAAUACAUUUUUAAUGAAGAAUAUUCUAAUUUCUUUUCUCCCAGCAUUUCCAGGAGGUGAUGCCCUCCCAUUGUGUGUUUGCGGAGUAUCACAGGAAUGGUGUUUGGGGAUGCUGUCUUGUCCACAGCUUCGGACUGUGAUUGGUUCCUUGUCACUGUGAUAUUUUCUAAAUGCUGAUAAACCAGUUUGUCUUGAUUUACACUGACAACUCCAGUACUGAUUACGUUUGCAGUAGCUAACUUGCUUGUUAACAACUGUUAAAAUCAUCUGCUGGAAGCACUGAAAAAAGUGCUAGUGAGAAAAAUAUUGUGUGCUGCAGUUUUACCUGUGCAGUUACAUUCAUGGAUGUGGCUUCCCUGGAGCCUGGAAAAAAGUCAUGAGACUUUCCCACAGUGCUGCAGUGAGGACGGACACGGGGGAUGUACGUGCAUCAAGGUCUUUAUAAGAUUGUGGCAGACAAAACACCAUAUGUCAGCGUUGAAGAAAUUACAAGAAAAGUCACUAUUGGGCCAACGAGAUUUGGCCAUCCAUGUUUUUACAGCCCGGAGGAUGUAAAACUGGCAAACCUCACUAUCAAACAGGGUGAGCAGAUCACCUUCAAUUCUGUGGAAGAGAUCAAUGGAACAAUGGCUGUGAGCUGUGUUAUGGUCAGAAACAACCGGUCUCAUUCCUUUAUUUUGCCACUAUCACAAGAAGGAAAAUUCUAUGAGUGUGAAGAUGACCAGAUAUACACCCUAAAAGAGAUUGCAGAAUGGAAAAUCCCGAAGAGCAGAAGCCGGACUGUCAAACUCUCCAACACUUUACAAAUGUGGAACUCCUCUAAUCCACUUCCUGAGAAUUUUGGUGGCUACAUGGUUCUCAUGCCUGUCUAUGAAGUACAGGCAGUAAUGAAAUUUCGUAAGGACGUAGUUCAUAUCCUCUCUGAUCUAGAUGUUGAGGUCAAGGAUAUAACAGACUGUUAUGAUCCUAGCUCUUUUCUUCAGCCACUGUCCUUGGAAGAUGUAUUUGAGAGAACAAGCAAGGAAUUUCCCAUGGUUGCUGAGAUAAUGGAUGGAAUUUUAGGAAGCCAGAAACCUUAUAACUUAUUGCAUACAGGGAAAGAGAUUGUCAUCUACAAAAAGUACCAGGCUACAAGAGUUAUAGCCUCUGAGAUCAGAAGUGAUUCCUCCAAAAGACAUUUUUUAAUCCCUAUGACCUACAAAGGAAAGUUCAAGAGAAGACCUCGGGAGUUUCCAACUGCCUAUGACUUAGAGAUAGCAAGAAGUGAAAGGGAACAGCUUCAUGUUGUAGCAACUAAAGCCUUUGAUUCUCCUUGUACAGAGCUUUUUUCUGUUUCAGUUGGAGAUCAGUUUCUAGUUCAGCAGUGUCAGACUAGUGAAGUUCUUUAUGAGGGAAGAAAGAAAGUCGUAGAUGUUUUAGCUUGUGAACAAAUACUAAGUAAUGCAUACAAGAAAGUACUCCUCCCUAUGUACCUGGAAGGUGGCUUUGUGGAAGUGAUUCAUGACAAGAAGCAGUACCAGCUUUCUGAGAUUUGCAAAGAAUUUCGUUUGCCCUUUAAUGUCAAAGUGUCUGUGAGGGAUCUUUCCAUGAAAGAAGAUGUCUUGGCUGCCGUGCCUGGUCUGCAGCUUGAAGAAGAAAUCACAGACUCUUAUUUGCUGAUCAGUAGCACCAGCAGUCCAAUGGAGAGCUGGGAAAUUCCUGUGUAUCGUUUAAACAUGUUCGUCCAUUUACUCAGCAAAGAUGUCCGGACAGUUGUACCUCCCAUGACUAGGACAACAGUGGAAGAGAUCAGUGAAGAGCAAUACUAUAUGGCACGAAGAUAUGAAAACCAAACUGUACUUCCACCCCCUAGACCUCCCAAAAAGCCAGCAACACUUGUGCAACAACCUGUUUUUACAGUUUCUGAGCAAGACGUAUCUGAUGUACUACAGGCUCCAAAGAAUUUCUGUGUAGACACCAAGAACAAAUUGUGCCCAAAUCAAGAUUCUGAUGUUUUGGUUAAUUGUCAAAAUGAUUUGGUGCAUCGUGACAAUGAGAAGGACCUGACUGGGAAAGCUACAUUAGUGGAAAACCGUGUGGUUAAAGGUCUAACAAAUAAGCCACUUGGAAAGUGUGAAGGUGAAAAGGAACAGAAAGAAGAGAAUGACUAUGAGUAUGUGGAUGAAAACAUAAUUGAACACAUACGGAAAGCAUUUCAAGACAGCAGAUUUUGCCAGUUGUAUCCCCGGCUGCAACAAGAGAAGCAUGGUCAGCAGGAUGAGAGAGGUGAUCCUGCCCCCCUGCUCUGCUCUGGUGAGACCUCACCUGGAGUACUGCAUCCAGGUGUGGAGUCCUCAGUACAGGAGAGACACAGAUCUGUUGGAGCCCAUCUAAAGGGAUGUUACAAAAGUGAUCCAAGGGAUGGAAGACCUCUCCUACAAGGACAGGCUGAAAGAGUUGGGGCUGGUCAGCCAGGAGAAGAAAAGGCUCAGGAAAGACCUGAGAAUGGCCUUUCAGUAUCUAAAGCGGGGCUGUAAAUCAAAUUGUUGCAGAACAUAUUUAUUAGGAAGAAGAGUUUUAAAGAAAUACAAAAGCAAUCCUCAGUAGUCAGGCAUGCUAUGAGAAAAUCAGUAUUCAUUAUUUGUCGUUUUUCAUGAAUGUCAGAAAAAAAAAAUUCUUCUAUAGUAAAGACCAAAGUAUGCUGGAAUAGCACUAGUAAUAGCUAGACCUCACUCAAAGCAAGAGGGAGUAAGAAAGAAGAUAUGCCUCGGGUCAUUGCUAUGUUAAUUUUGAUAGAAUAAAUGUGCCCAGGGGGUCAAUGAUGGUAACAUGACCUCAUCACUCCAGAACAGUAUGCAAUUAAGCAAGGGACUAGACUACACAUGGCUUAACUUGCUAUAGCAACAACUGCCAUUAACUGUUUCAGGAUGUUGCUUUCCAGAUUUGAACUUCACAUGAAUGCUUCUAAAGGAAUGGCUGCAGCUGAAAAAGUCUGGGCACUUAUUCAAUGGGGGACAAAAAGCAGAAAAGGGAAGGAAAAUGCUGCAGAGCAUAAAAGAUCUACAGAUCUGUGUUUUCUUCCUGCCACAAACUAAACAUUUUAGAUGGCUUUGUUUAAAUAAAUUUAUUAUUAUUAUUAUUAUUAUUACUGUUUUAAAUUAGAGCUUUUCAAAAAAGGAAUUGUAUGAAACAGACUGAGGUGGAACUUCUUACUUUGGUUACACUGAGAUGUAAGUUCCUGCAUGAAGAAGACAAGUUGAAGACAGUGCUACAAAUGAAAACCAGCAAUCCUGACCCCACCACACCUCCAUUACUUCUGUACUUAUUAAAUACAUAUUAUGUAAUUAAGAGAUGUUUUCCUAAGACAUUUCUUUGGGCUUUUCACACCAGUGCCCCUCCAAAAUAGCUGUUGCUUUCCUAGUUUCCCUGGGCUGAGGCAAACUUUCCAGACUUGGGGAUGCUGAAGAUAGGAAUACAAAUCUGUAACUGAAGUUGUAUGUUCUCACUGAAAGUCUUUCUACUUUUAAGUAGUUUUCAGUACUGAUUUGGGGACAUAUCCUAUUCUGUCAAGUUUAAUUUUUUGGUAAUUUCUCUACUACCUAGUGUUUUUACUUUUCCUUAAUAUUCAAAUUAAAGCUUUUUAUCCAGGGAAAAAUCAAUUGUGAUUACUGGAGGAAGGAAGGGUUCGCAGGUAGCAAACAGGGUGUUGCUCUGAUAUCUGUUCAUCCAGUGCACAGGCCUUGCUUGCCACACUCUGGACCCAUUGGCAUAUUGUUGUUAAAUGUUAACAGCAGGGUGGUGAGACACUGGAACAGCUUGCCCGAAUAAGUUGUGGAUGCCCCGUCCACUGAGGUGUUCAAGGAUAGAUUGAAUGUGGCUUUGGUCAACUGGAUCUUGUGGAAGAUGUCCUUGCCAGUGGUAGGGGACUUAAGGAUUCCUUCCAAUUCUGAUCACUCUUUGAUUAUGUGAUUAAUUAAGUACUAAUUAACUUUCCUCCAGGCCUUCAGCUCUGUUAUCCCAUACUAGAGCACAGCUUCUGUGAGUAUCACUUUGAAGAUGAUGUAUCCUCCUGAAUUUCUCAGACCAGCAACAUCAUAUAGGCUUCAUGGGUGCAGUAAUGAUGGAGGAACACCAGGAGGACUAUUUGGUGGAGUCACACCUUAUACAGACUAAAUAGCUCUUUUGACUGCAUAGGUCAAGUAUUUCCCUAAACUGCAUAAUCUGAGUUGGUAAAAGAAAAGUUUUCUGGUUUGAGUUUCACAUACUUCGACAAAGUUGCUGGCAUAGCUGUAUCAGAGUGCCAUGGUUUAAAGCAUGAAUCAUGCAAUACCCCUCCCUCCCCUCAGGAGAAAGGGGUUGGAAAGGAAGAGGGAAAAAAAAAAAAAGAUUGAGAUAAGAGAAACAAAAUUAUUAAAAGGAGUGUGAGACAAUAAUUAAGAGUAAUAAAUCAAAAUGAGCCAAAAAUCAAACUGGUUGAGAAAGAGGGUCAGUCUGAAUCUUUAUCAGCAGGCCUUUUAUGGUCCACCUCCUUGAAAAGACUAGAGAGCUCUACCCCCAUCACCCAGAACCCGAAAUUAUCUCAUGUGAGACUGCUAGAGAUAAACAAUGAACACAGCUCCACAGUGCACUGUGUCUCCUCACCCAACAGUCUGUUGCAUGAUGUUAAGGUGCAGAGGACACAGAGUCAUACAUUAGCUUUAAUUUUGCUGUAGUCUUGGGAAUGCUAGUGUAAUUGUGCUGGCAAACCAUUUUAUGGCACUAGCAACCCCUAAUUCAUAGCCAUUAAUUUGACUCAAGAGCUCCUUCACCUGCAUUCCCUGUAUAAUUUUUAAAGCCAAAUGUGAAGGUUACCUGUUUCACCCUGAUAUUUUGUUGUUUUUCAGAGACAUCUGAAGCAAAAUAAUUAUGAAAUUAAUUUAAUUAAUGAGAAUUAAAUUAAUGUAUUAAAAAGUAGUAAACUACAUUAUUCACAUAUUAAAAUCAACUGCAACAGCAAGAAAAUCUGCAUAUAAAGUGCUGUUCUUGUCUCAUAAAGAGCACAUGAGGCUGCAACUUAACUGUAAGAAUCCCCUGAGAAACUAAACUGCUUACUCAUCUGGAAUAAGAAGUCAAACCAACCAAUGUCUCAUGACCCUUUGAAGGGACAAUGUUCUUCCUGUGCGUAUUUAUUCAUGAAUUCACAUAGUCAUAAUAAUGUCAAGUCCAAUUCUUCAUUCCCAUUGUACCUGAAAUACCAGUUCAUUUUCUCAACCACUGUAGGGUAUAUGCAAAAGGGAAAUCCCUUUUAUUUUUAUUUAUUUAGUUAGUUUGGUUUGGUUAAAUUUGCUUUGAGAACUGAGUAAUAGAGAAGGGAAUGAAGGGUUAUGUAAGAUGAACUCCCAUUUCUUCAUCCAGAUGUGUAUGCCGCAGGUUAAGGCCCAGAACUACAACCAGAAGGACUCUGCCACUGUUUCUGAUCAUGAGCAAUGCUUUGUUGCACAAGUGGUGCUGUUGUACCACAAGUGAUUCACCAUGGAAAUCAAUGUCAUUCCUCCCAGAGGGAAGUGUUUCUCAGUAGGACUGAGGGUGCCUAAAUUAGGUGAUAUUGCCAUUUCCACAGCCCCUUGCACAGCUUUAGUUAAUCUCAUAGAAUCAUAGAAUCUCCAAAAGACCUUCAAGACCAUCCAGUCCAACCAUCUACCUAUCACCGAUGUUUCGCACCAAACUGUCUGCCUCAGCACAACAUCCAAACAUUUCUCACAGCGCCUCCAGGUUUAUCUAGAAUCACACGAGAGCUGUAGAUUUUGACAACAUUUUCAGCAGUUUGCCAAAAACACAGCUAGUAAGAAAGAAGUUGGAGCAUGGUGUCUCUCUGCUUCAAAUACUGAUGGACAGUACUGCUCCAAUGGUAAAAGGGUACAGGAAGAGCAGCAGAAUGUUUUAUUUGGAUUUGUUCUUUUUUUAAACAAGCAAACAAACAAACAGAAAGUCAAAACAGCACAACCAUUCACUUUGAAAGAUUUCCCUUUAAUUAAUUUAUACUUCUGAAGACUAAAAUUAAGAGCCAAAUACUUGCACAGAAUCUGAGAUUAAAAGAAACCUGUUGGUCCAGAAGGAGGGAUCAUUCUUUGCACCCUGUGAGUGCCAAACAGCAGCAGUGAGGGCUUCUGAUUACAUGGGUAAGCAUCCCAGUGCACUUGGCAGAGAGCAUGUAACCAGGACUAGUGUUGGAGCAGCUGUAUUCCUGUCUGGGAUCCCUCUGCACAGUCACAUAUGAACUGCGUGGGUACAGUCUUCUUCACAUCCUUGGCUGGCACUGAACCUAAUCCUCAAGUUCUGGCAGUGUGGAUGUCUACAGCCUGAGUCUGACACCCACAGUCUCUGGGCAGUGUGCAUACAGUGAGUGCUGUGUAUCUAGACUUGAUAGAUCAUGAGAAAGCACAUACACCUCUGCCAGUGCUUUAGCUUUCAGGGAAAAUUACUAAGAACUGAUGUAUAAACAUGCAGCUGAUGUACCAAGAGUUUCCAGACUCCCAGCAGCUUGAUCAGACUGGCAUAUCCAGAAAUGCCUGACAGCUGUGCACAACAGUCAAACUUCCCAGACAGUUUUAGGGUGGAGACAAAAAACAUGUCCAAAAAGCCAACACAAACCAUAUUUUUAGUUCUACUGAUGAUUUUAAAAGCAAACACUCACAAAAUAUGCCAUAAUAUACUUUAAAGAAGACUUUUCAAGCAGACAUCAUAGCAUCUUCAGACUUUCCUAUUAAAAUUCCACUGCAUAAUUAAUUCUCACUAAUGCAAAUUAAUCUAGAAUUUCUCAAUAUUUUCUUACAUUAAUUUAUUCAAGAUAAAUGUUCAUCCUCAUUAAAAUCAGUUACAAUUUAAGUAUUAAGUGUAUAGCUCAGAGUGCUUUGAUUCCAUGCAUAUGUAGCAUAUAGCAUUUAGCAUACCACUUGUUAACAUGGGAGCUUGCAGGUGCAUACAAAUCUUAUAACUUGCUGGCAAAUCGCUUGUGGGUGUUUGAAAUACAUUUCAAGUGUUUUGCACAAAAGUUUGUAUUUCUCUUUGUAGCAGUUCAAAACAGCCCAGUUUGUUAUGCCAGCUAACGCAGACUGGUGUGGAAAUAAAAGUUAUUUGUUGCA